AAACGCAUUUACAAUCUUAUUAAAUUCUGGUUUAGUAUUUUUUCCUCUCUCACGUAAAUUUCACUCUUUCUCUCUCCAAAACCCCUCUAUUUGUCUUUUGUUUCUCAUGAAUUGUGCAGAUCAGCGCCUAACCAUCCUAUUUUAUUUUCCUGCGUUUUUUUAGUUUUAUUUGUGGUUGUUUUUUCGUGAAGAGAAGAAGCUUAGAAUUUACUUGUGUUUUUGAAAUUUUGAAAUAAAAAAAAAAGUAAUAAGAAGAUGACGUCAACUUCGGGAGCAGCUUCGUCUUCUAAGAUUUGCUUCAAUUCGGACUGUAAAGACUUGAAAUCGGAAAGACUGCGGAAAGGUUGGCGGUUGCGAACCGGAGAGUUGGCUGAGCUCUGUGACCGAUGCGCUUCUGCUUUUGAGGAGGGAAGAUUUUGUGAUACUUUUCACUUGAAUGCUUCUGGUUGGAGGAGCUGCGAGUCAUGUGGGAAGCGGGUCCAUUGCGGAUGCAUUGUUUCAGAUCAUGCAUUUACUUUGUUGGAUGCUGGAGGAAUAGAAUGCAUAGCUUGUGUGAGGAAAAAUGUUGUUUUGGGAUCAACUUCUUCAUUGCCACCUUCUUUGGUUUUCCACUCAACUUUGUCUGAGAGAUCUAAAGACUAUUCUGCAAAUGGUCUAGCUAAUUGGCUAGUUGGUUCGGGUCCUGUACCUUGGCGGCAAGCACCCAGUUUGUUCAAUUCUUCAAUUUCUAAGCCUGAGUUGCAUUCUAGAGUUCCCUAUGAAGUUGACAUAUCCACUGGCAUUGACAGACUAAAUGUCUCAGGCAGAUUAUAUACUCCUUACCUUGAAAAGAAGAACAUUGAGGACUUCUCUGAAAGGUUAAUGAAUGGACCCUUGAAGCCUGGUGCACGGGAUAUAAAUGAGAAUGGAAAUGCAGGAAUCAAUUUUGAGGAGCAGCGUAGUUCUUGUUUAACUAAAUCUCAGCAGCCUUCUCUGAAGGAGGAGUCAUCUAAUCCACCCUUUGGGUUAUCUGUACCUUAUACAUCUCCAGAUGAAGCAAAUGGUCAAAUUGGGGUUUCUGGCACUCAUUUGCGACCAAACCCCCAACCUCCACCGGCCAAACAAUUUCAUAGUAAUCUACAUAAUGGAAUUGACUCAUCAGUAGAAACUCAGAUUCUUAAUGGGAGGCCUAGAGCAGAUAGCCGUGGACGGAAUCAAUUAUUUCCUCGUUAUCGGCCUAGGUUUACUGACCAAGACCUGCAACAAAUAGCUGGAGAUUCAAAUUCUAUAAUAACUCCUUUGUUUGAGAAAAUGUUAAGUGCUAGUGAUGCUGGGCGAAUUGGACGUCUAGUGCUGCCAAAAAAAUGUGCUGAGGCCUAUUUCCCCCCAAUUUCUCUGCCAGAAGGCUUACCUCUUAAAGUCCAGGAUUCAAAAGGAAAGGAAUGGAUAUUUCAGUUUCGCUUCUGGCCCAACAAUAAUAGCAGAAUGUAUGUUUUAGAGGGGGUUACUUCUUGCAUACAGAACAUGCAAUUGCAAGCGGGCGACGUAGUAACAUUUAGUCGGUUAGAGCCUGGAGGGAAGUUGGUCAUGGGUUUCAGAAAGGCUUCAACUGCUUCAGCAUCUGAGCAGGACAAUAAAGCCAAACAUAGUAAUGGGAUGUCUACGCAAGGAGAUGCUGAACUGGCAGAUCCUACCUCAUGGUCAAAAGUUGAUAAGUCAGGAUACAUAGCAAAGGAAGCAUUAGGAGCCAAACUAGCAGUUUCCAGAAAGAGGAAGAAUAGCAUUUUGGGUUCAAAGAGUAAGCGCCCAAGAAUUGAUAAUGAAGACCUGAUAGAGCUCAAACUAACAUGGGAGGAAGCUCAAGGGCUGCUCCGUGGUCCUCCUAAUUAUGUAGCCAGUGUUGUAGUGAUUGAAGGUUUUGAGUUUGAAGAAUAUGAGGAUGCACCGAUUCUUGGGAAGCCAACAAUAUUCGCAACCGAUAGUUCAGGGGAAAAGAUUCAGUGGGCUCAAUGCGAAGAUUGUUUUAAAUGGCGUAGAUUGCCUUCCGAUAUUCUUCUUCCUUCCAAGUGGACCUGUUCCAGUAACUCAUGGGAUCCAGAAAGAUCUUUCUGUUCGGCCACUCAAGAAUUGACAGCAAAACAGCUGGAAAAUCUGCUGCCACACUGUAAUCCAGCUGCUUUUAAGAAAAUGAAGGCUGCUAAACAGGAACCAGAAAAUGUAGAUGCUCUAGAGGGCCUGGACACUCUUGCCAACCUAGCUAUCUUGGGAGAGGGUGAGACUCUUCCUGCUUCAUCUCAAGCCACCACAAAGCAUCCCCGGCAUAGACCUGGCUGCUCAUGUAUCGUAUGCAUUCAGCCCCCAAGUGGUAAGGGCCCCAAACACAAGCAGUCGUGUACUUGUAAUGUCUGCCAAACAGUGAAGAGACGCUUCCGCACCCUCAUGCUACGGCGUGAGAAGAAACAGUCACAAAAAGAAUUGGAAACUGCAUGCAAGAAGCAACGACCUUCAUUGCCUGAUAAAGAAUUGGAUGAUGACCCUCUCCCCUGCACUAAUGCAGGAAAUAGCAGUCCAAACCCGAAAAAGGUUGUCAGUGAGGGUUCAGACGAUGACCCUAACAGAGUAAAAUCCUCAACUUCACCUUUUAAAGGCCAAAUUGACUUGAAUAUCCAGCCAGAGCGAGAAGAGGAGCUGUCACCUGGUUCAGAUUCUGGCAGCAUGAUGAGAUUGCCUCAAGAUGCCACUGAGAGGUACCUUAGGCAGCCAAGGAUGUUGACCUCUGGCGGCAAUAGUUAUUCAGAAGUUACCCAGACACAACCUGGUGAAGGCACAGAAGGAGAAAAAAUCAGCAGCAGUGUCAACCUUGGAGCCAGUCAUCCAGAUGCUGACCGGGACCAUCCAGCAGUUUUCUCUGUUAGACCAUCUGCACCUACAUCAGCCACUGGCUAGCUGAAUGCAAUAUGUUAUAUUGGCCAUUUGCAAGGUAUCACUAUUGUAAUGAGGGCGGUACAGUUUUGGUUACACGUACAUCUUCAUUGGCAUUUUUCUUGACUGAUGUACAUAAAAGAAGAGGUUAUAAGGUUGGCAACAUGGUUAAGAAACUUUGGUCAUCCUCUCCACAGUAAUUUAAUGGGUUUUGACCCGCUGCAAAAGGAAGGGAAAGGGGGGGGGGGGGGUGAUGACGCAAAAUGCAGCCAGUGGGAAUGGGGGUUGAAGCUAAUGUAGUUCAUUUUAGGAGCUCACCUGCUACACAUAGAGAAGAAUUGAGGAUGUAAAUUAAGUGCCUGCUUUUCCAAUUAGUAAAAGAGAAAUUGCAUUCUGUUGAUUUUAUGUUUGUUUUGUUGCCUUCCCUGCCGUCUUAGAUUGAAAAAUGUGCUUAGGAGUAAUGGCGUGGUAAUCAUGUGAAAGAUUUAAAGCGGAGGAUUACUGCUAAACUGAAAAUCAUGUCCUUUUUUUUUAAACCGAUAACAAAUCAUGUGGUUUGAUUUUGAAGAGGUCUAUACACAGAGUCAAUGUCAAGCAUGGGGAAAAAGAGAAUAUGGAGAAUUUUCAUCAUAUGGACUAGUUUCUGACUACAUGUGCAAGGUCGUAGGCUUUUUUAUAAACGAUGUAGAAAUUUGGAAGGCAAUUCUAGAGGGUUUAGCUUAGACAGCGUAUUUCCUCUUCAAAUGAAGCAAUCCCACUUGUUCAAAUCAAGACAAUUUUAACAGAAUAUUUCACUUGUUAAAAUAACGAAAAUCAUGAAAAUUUUUCCGAGAAUGGAUAAAAGAAUGCACAUGGGACGAUUAUGAUGGAUUCAUGGAUAAAAAAGGAUGACCAGGUCAACCAAGCCAUCUUGUAUCCACUGAAAAAGGGAAUGUCAUUGAUUCUUCUGAAACCAACCUUUUUUUAGAUUAGCAUCUCAAAUAACCUUUUGCCUCCAAUACCUU